GAAAGAAAGAAAGAUUAGAUUGGAGGCUAAUUGGCUGAAGAUGACGAUGAGCUAAGGGGAGGAAUGAUAGAAGCCUGGGUGAGGAGGCAGAGAGAGGAACGGUUACAAUCCAGGGAGGGCAGAUUAAAGUGAGGGAGGAGGGACAGGCAGUGGAGGCGGGGGAGCCAAAACUGGCAACCCUGCCCCAGCUGCCAAAGUCCCAUUUUGUCCUUGGUGGAUGUGACAGAGAGAAGGAGCCAAGGGAGGACUAAAGUGAGAGGAGAAAAGUGGAAGACUAUGACAGUUGUAAAGUAAAAGAAGCUUGUGAAUUUUCUCAGUUGUCAUGGGUCCUCGGGGGUCGAACAAGUGGCACAACUGAUUCGCAAAGGCGGGGGACGGGAGACACGAGAAGAAAAACAAAGACGAAGAAGACAUGAUCACAAGUCACGAGAAGUAACUAAGGACAACAAAGCUUUUAAAAGACAGUGCGAAGAAAGCGAGCGUCACACAGGGCAGAGAAGUGUGUUGCCUGAGAGCAGCAGAGAAGAACAGCGUGUGGAGUCUGUCCUCCAGUUAACCCUCCAUCCCUCCAUCCUCUGAGGGACAAGCAGAGAACAUGAAGAGACCUCACGACUACAGCUCCCCAGACUCGGACACAGACGAGUUUAUUGACGUAGGACAAGAAGACAGCUUCUGCCCAGUCACUGGGUCCAUGUCUCCUGGCAGUGCCUCGCAGAUUCUGGCUCGAAAGAAGAGGAGAGGGAUUAUAGAGAAGCGACGGAGGGAUCGCAUCAACCACAGCCUGUCAGAGCUGCGCAGACUGGUUCCCAGCGCCUUUGAGAAGCAGGGCUCAUCAAAGCUGGAGAAAGCAGAGAUCCUGCAGAUGACAGUGGAUCAUCUCAAACUGCUGCACGCCAUGGGAGGAAAAGGAUACUUUGAUGCAAGAGCUUUGGCCGUGGACUAUAGGACCCUGGGUUUUAGGGAGUGUGUUGGGGAGGUGGUGCGGUACCUCAGCUCUCUGGAUGGGGAGUCCCCAGACCCUAUAGGAGCCCGCCUGGUCUCUCACCUAUCACACUGUGCAAGUGAGCUAGAUCCUCUCCUCUUACAAUCACCCCCAGCCUCUGCCUUGCCUUUCCCUCCUUGGCCGUGGGCAUCUUUCCCUCAGAUCUCCCCCGCGUCGCCCGGCUCCCAUUCACCUCCUUUCGCCGCAGGCCGAAGAGAACUGGCCCUGCUCGGAAGCUACCCGUCGCACACCUCGAUCCGCCUCGCCUCCUUGGCUGGUUGCCAGCAGGGGGCGCCACCUCUCCUUGCGCCGACAGCUCUGGCCACCGUUCACAGGAUGCCCUCCCUGGCAGCAUCCCCCGUUCUGGCCCCCUCCAGACCGACACAGCCUUCCCCUCACUGUGCCACCAGGGCCUCACCUCUUCCUCUACCCACCCCUUCCUCUUCCUCUCCUUCUACCUCCUCUUCCUCCUCUUCAACUUCAUCAUCCUCUGCUCAACCCCAAGUCUCUUUCAGGCCCUUCGCACCUCUGGGCUCUCCCACGGCCCAGCGCCGGGGCUUGAGCGGAUCAGCCAAAGCAGUGCAGGGAUGGGGGACUGAAAUUGGAGCUUUCUAAAGGCUUAAGGCGCUUUUGUUUUUUUUUAUUUUUUUAACAAAUGAACUCUGUAUAUUGGGCAUGGAGCUCCGAUAGGCCUCACAGAGCAAAUAGCGUAAAUGUGGAUAAGGAAGUAUUGCACCUCUGAUCAUUGUCUGCAACUAUAAGGGACUCUAAAAGCCAUAUAAGACAAUGGUACAUUUUCAGAUAAACACAAGCAGGUAUGAAAAAAAAAGAUGGUGGAAUGUGAAGGAAAAUAACAUUUAAUAAACCAAUAUUCCUGUUCUUUCUUGACAAUUUGAAAGGAGCCAUAUAUAUAUAUAUAUAUAUAUAACUCUCAACAGUGUGAUGUUGAGUUUUUACUGAUUUUUCAACUGUGAUCUGUGUUUUUGUUUUUCACGCAUUUAUACGUAUGUAUGAUUUACUUUUCUAGCUUUGACGAAUGUUUGAUGAAAACUCUAUAAAGCCCGAGUGCCUUCACCUCUGUCCAUGUGUUCCUUUGUGUAUUUCCUCUCGCUGCGGUCAUGUAAUUCAAAGGGCCAUCUGUACUAAUGACAAACGUCGGCAUGCUACAUGUUCAUCCAUUUAUCUGUGUGAGACAUGUCUGCAAUCAGGGCUGGCGUGUUCUUCAGCCAUAACCCCCAUUGUGUCUAAGCUGUCUCCAGUGAUGGCUGAUGGGAGCUGUGGUCUUGUGGCUGCGGAGGAUAAACAUGGUGGGAACUGGUGAUGUUUUUGGGAUGCCGCGGUGAGGCAAACAGUCCUAUCACUUUGCCCUCUAAUUGGCUUCCCCCUGUAAUUAACUCUACCCUCAUAUCAGUCCAUGUAUCUUUUUCUCCGCGGCUGUCUCUCUGCCAUUCUUUCUCUCCAAUCUUGUGGUACACCAGCGGAUAUCUUCUAUCCCUGUUUGUCUGCGUCUCUGUCUCCUCAACAAUGGACAGACAGUAAAGAAGAGGGCAAGAGGGAGGGACGGAGAGACUCGGAGAGCGGGGAAAACAAAGGGAAGGAUCUGAGGGCCUGUGGUCUGGUGACUUAUUCGGCGUAGACGUUCAAUAACAGGGUGGGUGAGAGGCAGGAGACAGGGUUAUGGGGAUAUUUGAAGGACUGAGGAGCUUUAAAGGGAUAAGGAGAGAAAUGGUGUGAAUCAGCCGGAGGGAGCCAGCGUUGUACGAGCUCUUCAAAAAAAAACCCUCAAACAAUGAUAAAUGACAGUGGCAACCAGUUGUUUCUCAAAAGAUCAGCAUAAUUGUGCCGCGCUUCGCCAAAACAAGAGAGCAGAGAAGAGUCUCGAGUGUGUUUACUGGUGGAAAGGCCUUUGAUCUACUUCAGGAUGCAAUGUCUGUGGUCUGUGGUCCAGAGAUGUGUGUGUUCCACAAAGCGCAUAUUGUUUAUUUGAGUGUGUGCGAGUGUGCGCCCAGGCCGGUCUCACAUGCCCGAUGCCCCCUUGCAUGUUUUUGGCAGUGUCCUUCUGAGUGUUUUGUUUCUGUGGUGUCUGUGCACACUCCCUGUGUGUGUAUGUGUGUGAAAUGUGAUUCUACAGGGCUGGCGUCAGGACUGAACCGCGGUGGCGGCGUGGCUCUCGUGCGAGGCCGGCUGGCGGUGCGACGGACAGUAUGGUGAUGGAAUGUUUGCGGGUGGUGCAUACGUACGCACACACACACUCACACAGGCACUCAGACAACGCACUGGAGGCUGGCUGGCACUAUUCUAGCCACUGAGUAGAGGAGCCACAGUCACCACCACAGCUUCCAGGAAGGACAACCACAGUCACACUGCACUGGAUUUCCCACGAGGGAGGGUAGGCAGGAGUUAGCAAAGAGGAAGGAGAGAAGGGAGCAAUGAAGGGGGGGAAAGUAGGAGGGAAGUGCUACGUGUUUGCAUAAGUUUAUGUGAUGCUUGGGUGCACUGAACGGAUGAAGUCGUGGCCAAAGCCGAGGAGGAGCAGAGGGACGAAGUGUGCAGAGAAGAUGGGAAAAUGUACAAAACUAGGAAGUAGUUCCGCAUAUUUCUUGUAUGUCAAACCACAAACAGGACUGCUGUGAGAAUACUGUCGACUCAAUGUAAUGUGCAGCUCAACUGCUCUGAUCAUGCAUUGGCUCAUGGUACAUGUCAGAUUCCUAAAAGUGCCCCCUAUCAAAGUCACCUUCAGCUACUCUGUUAGCACAGAAGAAGGUUAGACCCUACUGGCCAAACAAAGAAAACACACCCUGACAAAUUAUUCUUUCUCUUCACUUCUUUUAAAGAGCUGCUUCAGAAAAAUCACUCACCUCCAU